CGAAAAUCUUGUCAAGGUAUUUACAGCUCACCUAUUUACAAAAAUGAAGCAUGAACUUUAGGAACAUAUUAAAGGUUUUGGUUUUUUGUUUGCUGGUCGAGAUAGCCACUUUCCUUAGUGUUGACCAUUUGAAUGAGCACAAUCGGUUGAGAAGAAAACACGGAUGUCCGGAUUUGAAACUUGAUGACAACCUCUCAAACGAGUGCCAAGCUCAUGCAAAAACAUUAGCCGAAAAGCGAGAUUUGGAACAUUUUGGAAAUAGUGCAAAAGAUGGAGAAAACAUUUGUAUACGCUCGGAAAAACCUUUGCGAUGCGUUCAGGAUUGGUACGCUGAGAUGGUGAAAUAUAACUUUAAGAAGCCAGGUUAUGGCCGGCAUACUCGCCAUUUUACCGCUCUAAUUUGGAGGAGUUCGGAGACCAUGGGUUACGGUCAAGCCCAAGAUAAAACCGGGCUAUACUGGGUAGUAGCAAAAUAUUAUCCAGUAGGCAAUAUCAAGGAGGAGUUCGAGAGAAAUGUUCCGAAGCCGGUCGAUGGGUUUGAAGAUGAAUUUAGUGGUGUGAUAGGGAGAGACUCAGAAGAUAGCGCCAAAAGCUCAAGUCCUCAGUUUCAAAGUAACGCAUUUCCCAUGUUAUGUGCCUACAUGCUGUCCUUGUGUCUAGUAAAUUUUUAGUUUAUUCUGUAAUAAAACCUUUUUUUACUUA